AGGUAAAAAAUGAGAACCACAUAUUUCAACUCUUAUUAGGCGCGUUAGAUAUUUUACAUGAAUAUCUAUAUAUGUAUGUUAUUUUGAAGCUGUAGAAAAAGGCAUCAGACUAAGUUAGUAUAUUCAGCAUGAUAAGUGAAAUUCAGAUAUUCAAGAUCCUGCAAGCAAUGGGGCUUCAAGGAUCACAUUCCAGUAAACGGAAACUGCAACCCAUCUCAAAAGCAAAGAACGAUGAGAAUGGUAGUGCUCACUCCUUAGUCCCACCUGAUUCUAUCAUCUCAGAUAUUGAAUCUUAUACACCAUGGAAGUUUGAACACCCUUCUGCGCUGGACUCAUUUGAACGGAUGAUGAAAGCAGCAAAAGGGAAGAAGAUUGCCGUGUUUUUAGAUUACGACGGGACUCUCUCACCAAUUGUUGAUGACCCUGAUAAAGCCUUCAUGUCCGAUGAGAUGCGUGCGGCGGUGCGUGAAGUUGCAAAAUAUUUUCCUACAGCUAUUGUGAGUGGUAGGAGCCGAGAGAAGGUGAAGCAAUUUGUACAGUUGAGUAAUGUCUAUUACGCUGGAAGCCAUGGAAUGGACAUUAAGGCACCACCGAGGCCAGUUAAGUCCUCUGAUGGCAAGUAUCAUACCAUUAGCCCCGGCAUUAAGGGGAAUGAAGUAGCGUUUCAGCCUGCUAAGAAAUUUUUGCCUGCAAUUCAAGAGAUAAUCACAGAGUUGGAAGAAGAAACAAAGAAAAUACAAGGCGCCAGCGUUGAAGACAAUAGAUUCUGUGUUUCUGUACACUUUCGACAGGUCCGAGAUGAGGAUUACAGUAUACUGCAGGAGAAGGUGAAAUCUGUACUGAAAAACUAUCCAGAAUUUCACUUAAGCGAGGGGAAAAAGGUUAUGGAAAUACGACCGUCGAUAGAGUGGGACAAAGGUCACGCUCUGGAAUAUUUACUGGAAACUCUGGGCUUGAGCAAUUCCAGCGAUGUCCUACCACUUUACAUUGGAGAUGAUCGAACAGAUGAAGACGCUUUCAAGGUUAUAAAGAGUAGAGGGCGAGGGUUUCCCAUUAUCGUAUCUUCAACUCCAAAGGAUACUAAAGCUUCAUAUUCACUAAAGGAUCCUUCAGAAGUAUUGACUUUCUUAUUGCGUCUAGCAAGAUGGAGGAAAUCUUCUUCUUCAACUAGACAACAUUCUCAAAUUUGGGGUAUAAAUAGUUGAGUUCAGACCGAGUUUUAUCAUGGUCUGUAUAUUAGGAUCAAUGAAUGGCCUGCCUAUAAAAUGGAGGCUUUAGCUGUUUUGUAUAUGCUUUGGUGUGUAUUAAACGACUGUACAAGUCAGCGAUUAGAAUUACAGUCGCUUUUUUCUUUAUAAUGAAAAGUUGGUGGAUUCUACGCACCAUAAAAGUGAAAAAUGAACUAAAAUAUAACUAAUUCUUCA